AUAAAAAAGCCAUUUUCCCAGGCAGUGGUUGCAACACAGCCUUUGAGGCAGCGAGCGGAGCUGACAGCGCAGAGCUGGCGCUGCGGGUCGCUGGGAGCCUUGCGGGUUUCUCCGGCUGGCGUCUACGAGUACAGCAGCGGCUUAACCGCUCGGCUUCAGGGAUUUACACAGACUUGGAGCAAUGCUUGUGACUCUGCAGCUCCUCAAAGGCCCCUAGAAGCCUGUUUCUCAGCACAGUCCAGGACCUCCAGCCCCAUGGAGCCCCCGAUCCCACAGAGCGUCCCUUUGACUCCCAACUCAGUCAUGGUACAGCCUCUCCUGGACGGCCGGAUGACCCACAGCCGCCUUCAGCACCCACUCACCAUCCUGCCCAUUGACCAGAUGAAGACCAGCCACGCAGAGAACGACUACAUAGACAACCCCGGCCUGGCGCCUCCCACCGGCCCUAAGCGGACCCGGGGUGGGGCUCCAGAGCUGGCCCUGACGCCCGCCCGCUGUGACCAGGAUGUCACCCACCACUGGAUCUCCUUCAGCGGCCGCCCCAGCUCUGUGAGCAGCAGCAGUAGCACCUCCUCUGACCAGCGCCUCCUGGACCACAUGGCCCCACCGCCUGUGGCCGAGCAGGCCUCGCCCAGGGCCGUGCGCCUCCAGCCUAAGCUGGUCCACUGUAAGCCACUGGACCUCAAGGGUCCAACGGCCCCGCCAGCGCUGGACAAGCACUUCUUGCUGUGCGAGGCCUGUGGGAAAUGCAAGUGUAAGGAGUGUGCGUCCCCCCGGACGUUGCCUUCUUGCUGGGUCUGCAACCAGGAGUGCCUGUGCUCAGCCCAGACCCUGGUCAACUACGGCACAUGCAUGUGCCUGGUGCAGGGCGUCUUCUACCACUGCACCAACGAGGACGAUGAGGGUUCCUGUGCCGACCACCCCUGCUCCUGCUCCCGUUCCAACUGCUGCGCCCGCUGGUCCUUCAUGGGCGCCCUCUCUGUGGUGCUGCCCUGCCUGCUCUGCUACCUGCCCGCCACCGGCUGCGUGAAGCUGGCCCAGCGUGGCUAUGACCGCCUGCGCCGUCCUGGUUGCCGUUGCAAGCACACGAACAGUGUCAUCUGCAAGGCCGCCGCCGGUGGGGACGCCAAGGCCAGCAGACCCGACAAGCCUUUCUGACACUUCGGGUCGAACCCCAAGAGCUACCCCUGGAAACGAGGGUCCCUCCUCCUGUCAGCCGCCCACGGCUGACCUUGCUCAUUUGUCAUCUCCCUGCCCCGAGCUUGGGAAGAAACAGGCAGAGACUGCCACCGCCCACUCUCUUCCCCACAAGGAGGAAGAAACACUUUGGGAGAUAUUUAGGGUUUUGGAACUUUUGUCAAGCAGAUGGGCAGGGUGCGGUUGGGAGGGAUCUUUCAGAAGACAAAACCAGUGUGGACGCACAUCCGGAAGCUGCAGCUGCUCGACGCCCUGCCAGUCCCUCCGCUCUCCCUCCUCCUUGGCCAUUGUGUCUGGCCCUCUUGGGAGCUGGCUGCCUGGGAGGAAUUGUUAACUGAAUGCCAGGGCCCUUUGGAGAAGACCUUGGAGUCCUGACUUCUGCGUUCUCCUUCCCCACACCACUUGGCCCAGGGAUCUCGGGGAAGGUGGAGAACACUAGCGAUCUCGACUGUAUAUACUUUGGAGUGCUGAGAAGAGAGGACAGCCAAGGAGCCGAAGCCUCCCCAGUUGGUCUAGGGAUCACUGCGCAAUGCAUUCCUCUCUACCAACCUUGUCCGUGACUCUUGAGGGUGUUCCACUCGUCUUACACCGUCCUCCGCUCCAGUUCUUACGAGUCAGACAGACUCGCCUGCCUGCUCUGUCCUGAGUUUUCACUCUACUCAGAUCCUUUCCAGAAACUUGAUGGGUAGAGAAGGCCGGGGCAGAACAUGCGAGACCAAAUAUCAUUUUGCCAAUGAGCCUGAGGCUGUAGUCUCUUGAUCCAGUCGUGUUGUUUUUAUAGAAUAAUU